GAGGAGUUUGAUAAACCAUGGAAGUGGAGGUUGCAUGCUUCCAAUUCCAUUUUCUGUUAUUCAUUUCUUUUCCUCUCCACCUUUUGCAGCCUCAGUUUGUUAGACUGUAAGUUAGUGUUGUUGCUUGGAAAUGCUCUGUUUCUCGUUCCAAAAUGUGGCUCUGUUUCUCCUUCUUCUAUGCUCCUCCUCUCAUUGUCUUCUUGUAAGUUCUUUGAAUCAUGAAGGGUUUAUGCUUUUGUCAUUUAAGCACUCCAUUUUCGAAGACCCACAUGGGGCUUUGACCGAUUGGGAUUCUUCUGAUGAAACCCCUUGUUCUUGGAAUGGCGUUGGCUGUAUACACCAAAUUGUUGUUUCUCUUACGUUUCCUAAGAACAAUCUAUAUGGGUUUCUUCCUUCCUCUCUCGGUGCUCUUGCUGGCCUCCGCCAUGUCAAUUUCAGGAACAAUAGGCUGUUUGGGAGCUUGCCUUCACCGCUCUUUUCCGCUCAACGCCUACAAAGCUUGGUUCUCUAUGGGAAUUCCUUUUCUGGGUCUGUUCCAAAUGGGAUUGGUAAGCUUAAAUUCCUUCAAACUCUGGAUUUAUCUCAAAAUUUCUUUAAUGGCUCCUUACCCACUUCGAUUCUUCAAUGCAAGAGGCUUAAAACCCUUGAUCUUAGUCAGAAUAACUUCACUGGUUCACUGCCUCAUGGGUUUGGAACUAGCUUGAGUUCUUUGGAGAAACUUGAUCUUUCAUUCAACAGCUUCGAUGGUUCUGUUCCUAAUGAUUUGGGGAGUUUGGGUAGCUUACAAGGAACUCUUGACUUGUCUCAUAAUCAUUUUUCUGGUUCAAUCCCUUCUAGCCUUGGGAACUUACCAGAAAAGGUUUACAUUGAUCUCAGCCACAACAAUUUGAAUGGUCCAAUACCCCAAAAUGGUGCUCUUAUGAACAGAGGACCCACUGCUUUUAUUGAAAAUCCUGGGCUCUGUGGUUCCCCAUUGAAGAACACAUGUUCUUCACCAUCAUUGCUGCCAUUUCUCCCAAGGACUUAUGGUGAAAACGCUAAGAAGGCUAGUGGAUUAAGUAAGAGUGCUGUGAUUGCUAUAGUACUUGGUGAUAUGAUUGGCAUAUGUUUAGUUGGGUUAUUGAUCUCAUAUUGUUAUUCUAAACUGUUCAAUCCAAGAAACAGCAGAGAAUGUUUAUGUUUCAGGAAGGAUGAAUCCGAGACGGUUUCACAGAACGUCGAGCAGCUCGAUCUCGUGGCAUUGGAUGAACAAGUUGAGUUUGAUCUUGAUGAACUUCUCAAGGCAUCUGCAUUCAUUCUUAGCAAAAGUGGGAUUGGGAUAAUGUAUAAAGUGGUGCUCGACAACGGCGUUACAUUGGCCGUGCGUCGAUUAGGUGAAGGCGGUUCUCAAAGGCUCAAAGAGUUUCAGACAGAAGUAGAAGCCAUAGCAAAGCUAAGACAUCCUAAUCUUGUCACUCUUAGAGCCUAUUACUGGUCUGUUGAUGAGAAGCUGCUCAUUUAUGAGUUCAUGCCAAAUCAAAACCUGGCCACUGCCAUUCAUGGAAAGCGAGAAAUGGAAGCUUUCACGCCGUUAUCUUGGUCUGUAAGGCUAAAGAUCAUGAAAGGAAUUGCUAAAGGAAUGGUUUAUCUCCAUGAAUUCAGCCCCAAGAAGUAUGUUCAUGGAGAUUUGAAGCCCAACAACAUACUUCUCAGUGAGAACAUGGAAGCCAAAGUUUCGGACUUUGGCCUAGCUCGACUUGCCAACAUAGCUGGAGUAACCCCGACCGUACAAUCGAAUCGAAUGGCAUCAAAUAAACCGUUAGAUCCAAAGCCAUCGAAAACCGUAACGUCUGAGAUCAUUUGCAGUUCAUCUUCCAACACUGGAACUUAUUAUCAAGCUCCUGAAUCACUCAAAGUCUUGAAACCAUCUCAAAAAUGGGAUGUUUACUCAUAUGGUGUGAUCUUACUUGAAAUGAUCAUUGGAAGAUUCCCACUAAUCCAAGUGAGUUCUUCCUCUGAAAUGGAUCUUGUUCAUUGGAUCCAACUCUGCAUUGAAGAACAAAAACCAAUUUCAGAAGUCAUUGAUCCAUUUCUAGUUCGAGAUGUAGAUAACGAAGAAGAGAUCGUCUCGGUACUAAAACUUGCAAUGGCUUGUGUUCAUGGAAGCCCUGAAAGGAGACCUUCCAUGAGACACAUCUCGGACGCGCUCGAAAGGGUAUCGUUUGAACCGAGGAAUUAAAAAUCCGAGCCGUUCUAAUAGAGAUGAAAGUUUGUGUAUUGGUUAAGACGACAGGAUAAAGAUAGUAAUGACUUUAUUUUGAUGUUUUUAAGAUUGUUGUGUUUUGUUAGCUGUGUGGUCUGCCCUAAGAGCAUGCUUUUUUUUAUAGGUUUCAUUAAAAAAAUGUUUAGAUUAUGGUGGGAAGUUGUCUUCUUCUUCUUGCUCUUUUUGCAGACCUUUGGCAUCCUCAUGCUCUCAUUCAAUAAAGACAUUUCUCUAUUAUUUGCUCCA